UCAGGACCCCGGGGCCUCCUAGGCUGGUGCAAAACUUCAGCAAGCAAGCAAGCAAGCGAGGGCAAUUGCUGGGAGAAUGGCAGUGCCCUGGGAGGAAUAUUUCCGACUGACCUUGCAAGAGAAACUGCCCAAUCCCUUCAGGAAGAUCCUGGAGCAGAAUGUGGACCAUGUCCCUCCAUUGCUGCAUCUCUUGGAGAAGAGGCAGGAGCUGGUGGAUGCUGACCGGGGCCUUCAGGCCCAGAAGGAGGUGUUCCAGACUGUGAAGGCAUCCCUGCAACGGCGGUGGGAACAGUUGGAACAGCAAAAGCAGGAGCUAAAGAGGUCCUUUGUCCGCUUUGAAAAGUUUUUGCGGGAAGGCGAAGCUCGGCGCAGCCGCGCACUACGGAGGGCGGCCGAAGAGCGGCACCAGGCGGACCGCCAGGAGGCGGAGGCGCUGCGGCUUCGGGCCCAACUGGAGGAGCUGCAGCGGGAGCGCGCGCGGCUGCAGCGCCGACUGCAGCGCCUGGAGCCCUGCGCGCGCCUGCUCGGCCAAGUGCUGGAGCAGCUGCCCGAGUUCCAAGAGAUCUCUGAGCUGGUGGCGCGCUUCGACGGCCUGGCUGACACGCAGGAGGCGCUGAGGGUCACGGAGCGCCAGCAGCUCUUGGAGCUGGAAGAGGGGCGCGCGCGGCAGCAGCGGCUGCGGGACGCCUGGCAGGACGAGCUGCUGCGGCAGGGCCAGCGGCGAGCGCAGCUGCUGGAGCAACUGGAGGCGGCGCGGGAGCGCACGCUGCACUGGGAAUCCAAGUGGAUUCAGAUCCAGAACACAGCUGCUGAGAAGACCUUGCUCCUGGGACGCACCAGGAUGGCAGCACUGAACCUGUUUCAGCUUGUGUGCCAGCACCAGAGGCGGCCACCUGAUCUGGACAUCGAGGACACCGAGGGGCAGCUGGAGCAGGUGAAGCUGUUCAUCCUGGACCUCUCCACCAUGCUGGCCAGACUCCGCCAGGCUGAGCCCUUGACCCCGGCCUCCUAAUUCUGGCCUAGCUGCAAGCCUGUCCUGGUGGAAGGAAAGGGAUCGACUGCCAGUCUUGGGGCACUCCCACUUCAGCAACCCACCCAUCCUCUGAGCCUGGGUUUCCUCAUCUGCAAAAUGGAGACACCAGCAGAUCCCACACAGGACUUGCCCACACACUCUCAAUUCAGCCACACACUGGCUGAGACUUAGUACCCAGGCCUGUCCCUUCCACUCCUGGAGUAGACUGUACUCUUG